AUGUUAAAUGAGGAAGUUGAUAUAGAAGCUUACAAGGUUAAAAUAAUAAAGAGGUGUAAACUAAUAAAUUUACUAAAAAUUGACGAGUUUGAGCUCGUUUGUAGAAUAUGUGCUACGCUAAAUGAGAAGAACAUAGAGUUAAUUGAGCGUAUCGUCCACUGCAAAGGCUAUAAAUUCUGCCAGAAUAUUUUCAACUUGACCUUAGAGUUAUUACAAUACGGUGACCAGUAUAGCAAAGAUGGCAUAAAACGCACACCUGGAGGUGUGUUUAUAAAUAUACUAAAGAAGAAUUUAAAUAAAACUGAAAUCAAAUUCAUAUGGAACGAGCAGGUGAGAAUUCCUAGAAAUUAA